AUGUUUAGUGUACGAGAUGCUGAUGAAACAUCAACUGUUGGUUCACAAGAUAGCGGAAAGGGAUUUGAUUUAACUAAUGAUGAUCAAUUUGAUGAAAGUGGUGUUAAUACAAGACAUAAAAAUAGUCUACAUACAAAGCUUUAUCAAACCAUUCAAAUUGAAAUUGAAAUUCUUGAGAAAGUUUAUCGUGAAACACGACCUGUUGCACCAAUGCCUAAACCAUUAUUACCACGUUCUGUAACUAUACCGGAAUUGUUCGAGCAUGAAGAAUCAAUUGCACUUCGUUCAUAUUUAUUACUCGAUGGAAGAGAUGAAUUUUUUAUUGAACAAAAUUCUCUUUUACCAACUGAAGGAGCUCUAAUGAUGACAAACUAUCGAUUAAUAUUUAACGGUCGUCCUAUUAAUCCAGCAACUGCCAAUGAUUAUGUAAUUGUUCGUUCAUUUCCAAUAUCAUCCUUAAUUCGUGAAAAGAAACUUUGUGGUGAAUUUCGUAUUGAUAAUACAAAUAUUUGCCUUCAUAAUAGUAUUCAAUUACGUUCGGCAACAUUUCAAUUGAUUAAAGUGUUUUUUGACGAUGAAGUUCUUGUUGAUGAUAUUGAAAAAUUUCGUACAAAACUUGUUGAAAAGUGUUAUCCAGAGUCUGUUUUACAAACAUUUUGUUUUACAAUACAUAGCGAUUAUAAUCCAGUUAUAAAUAAACAAAAAGAUGGAACACUCAAAAAAUAUGGUCGUUAUGCACGAAAUGUUCUACGUAAAAAAGGACUUAUACCACGAAAAGAUUUAACAGCACAUCAAAAUAUAUCAUUAAAAUCCAAUGGUACGAAUAGCACAGGUGGUAUGAAGCCAUUGAAUGGUUCUAUGAGACAUCAACAAAAUAUACUAACUCGUACACCUGAACCAGUUCGACGUAGUUUAACAUUGACAAAUACUCGUUCGCCCAAAUAUACGUCACUACAUACAAAUGAACGAUCAUUAGCCGGUGCUUCAACAUUAACAACACUAUCGACAAUACAUGAAUGUGAUGAAGGAAUAACGGAAAAUAUCAGUGAUAAUGAAGAUGAAGAUCGAUCAUCAAAUACCAUUGAUGAAUCAAAUAAUUAUGCAACAAUAUCAAAUGAAACUAAAAGUCUUGAACGUUUUACGGAUAGUUUUGUAUAUAAAGAUUUUGUUCGACAAGGUCUUAUUGUAACAAUGUUUUCAUCAUCACGUUCAACAAUGCGUAAAUCUACAGUUACGUCACUAACAUCAACUAUGUCAUUAACUGUUUCAUCAAAUAUAAAUGAAAAUAAUGCACAUAGUAACGGACAACAAUUAAUCAAUUCAACGAAUGGAAAUACUACUGCUAAUGGAAUAAAUUCCAACAUGGGCUUAGGAAUGAAUACAAUGCCAACAGCUAGUACAAUAACCGUCACCAGUGAUGAUGCUUUUCGAAUUUCACAUAUCAAUCAAGAUUUUGGUUUUUGUCGAAGUUAUCCAUUGGUAUCUGUCUUGCCGAAAGAUAUUCUCGAUGAAAGUUUAAGAAAAGUCGCACAAUGUCAUAAACUGCAACGUGAUCCCAAUGGAAGUAUAGAACAAGAACGUGAUUUCGAUGCUAUUGUGAAAUUAACACCAACAAAAAUGCCAUUCUCAACUGAACUUGUCGAUGGUGAUGAGCUUGAAUCGACUGACAUAACACUGUUAUCUGUUCGGAAGACAUCAAAUCAUUCAGCUACAAAUCGUCUACAAAAACUACCAACACAUGUUUUAUAUGGUCGUCUAAGAACAAUAUGUCGAAACGAUAACGAUCAUAUACGUUACAAAAAACAAACGAUAACAAUCAUAUACAUUAUGGCAAGCACAAACCCAAUUGUAACUGAAAUCGAUCAGACGGCAAUGGCAAGCACAAACCGAAUUGUACCUGAAAUCGAUCAGACGGCAAUGGCAAGCACAAACCGAAUUGUAACUGAAAUCGAUCAGACGGCAAUGGCAAGCACAGACCCAAUUGUAACUGACAUCGAUGAGACGAUAAUGGAAUAUUCAAACCAAACAACUUUGUAUUAUCUUGUAUUUUAG